AUGGAGAAUAAAAGGAAUGUGACUGAAUUCAUUUUAAUGGGUCUUACACAGAAUCCCCAUAUGCAGAAGGUAGUAUUUCUGAUAUUCUUGAUUCUAUACCUGGUAACACUCUCAGGCAACCUGCUAAUUGUGGUUACCAUUACCACCAGCCGGGCUCUGAACUCCCCCAUGUACUUCUUCUUGGCCCACCUUUCCUGGAUAGACAUAGUCUAUUCUUCUUCUUCAGCUCCUAAGAUGAUUUUGGACUCCCUUCUCGGGAAGAAGGUAAUCUCUUUCAGUGGUUGUAUGGCUCAAGUCUAUGCAGAACACAUUUUUGGUGCUACUGAGAUCAUCCUGCUGACGGUGAUGGCCUACGACCGCUACGUUGCCAUUUGCAAACCGCUGCACUAUACCACCACCAUGAACCACCGGCUGUGUACUCUCCUGUUGGGCGUGGCCUGGGCUGGGGGAUUUCUCCAUGCGACCAUUCAGACUGUCUUCACAGUCUGGCUGCCCUUCUGUGGCCCCAAUGUGAUCGAUCAUUUCAUGUGUGACUUGUACCCUUUGUUGAAACUCGUUUGCAUGGACACUCACUUCCUUGGUCUCUUUGUCGCUGCCAACAGUGGGUUCAUCUGCUUAUUAAACUUUCUCCUUUUGAUGGGCUCCUAUGUGGUCAUCUUGCACUCCCUAAAGAACUGUAGCUUGGAGACGAGGCACAAAGCCCUCUCCACUUGUGUCUCUCACAUCACCGUAGUCAUCUUAUCUUUUGUGCCCUGCAUAUUUGUGUAUCUGCGACCAGUCACUGUGCUGCCUGUUGAUAAAGCUGUUGCUGUCUUUUAUACUAUGGUGGCCCCUAUGUUAAAUCCUUUAAUCUAUACCCUCAGAAAUGCUGAGGUGAAAAAUGCUAUGAGGAAGCUCUGGAGGACAAAAGUGACUUUGGAAAAAGAUUAA